AUGGAUCGUUUUCAGGACCUACAACAACGCAAACCAGAUCUAUCGCGAGAGGAUAUCGACGAGGUCCUUCGACAGCGCCGGGACAACAGAACCCCAAGGGCCUGCUACCCUUGCCAUCAACGCAAAGUCAAGUGCAACUACGUGAAGCCCUGUCAAACCUGCAUUGAUAGGGGCUAUCCCGAGAUUUGCAUCUAUGACGCCCCCCGCGCAAAGUCGUUUCCCGAGACCUCGUCGUCCUCGGCCGCUGCCAGCGCCAGCGCCAGCACCAACACCCCCGCAGCUUCAGACGAGCCGGCGGUGGCACAGAAAGCCGCUCUGUUCGAGCAGACGCUAUGGAAGAUGAGAGAUGACAUCGACCGGGUUCUGGGCGCAAUGACGCCGCCCAGACCAGAAUCGUCCACUGUGGUCGGGCAACAAUCGCAACGCAGUCCCAGCAGAGAUGUGACUUGGUGGACGGCUCCGCCGCCAGGGCCGAGCACGCGGGGCACAGGCCAGCCUAUGCACUUGGGACGCCAUCCAGUGCAGCAGCCUCCGGUGGUGGCAACGGCAGGCGCUGACCUUACAGGCUGGGCACAGGAUAUCUCGAACCAGGAGAUCCUCUCUAUCUUCGCCCUAGAGAACCAGUCGGUCACUUACCCCUUUUCAGCGCUGUGGGGAUUGCACAACGAGCCGGCCUCGAGAUUUCAGAGCCUGUGCGAAUUACUACCGGGCGACGUGGACUGCCGCAGCCUCUUCACCUGUUACAGCGAGACUGCUCAUGCAGUUUUCCCAGCCAUCCCGGACCUCGACCAAUUUCAGAGUGACCUCCACGAAUUCCUUACUCGACGACCAAACACCCAACAGACACCGCUCUCAGAGACGGACUCGCCACCACAUUCGGAGCUAGUCGGCGGCAGAGACCUUCACUGGCUCGGGUUGCUUUUUGCAUGUUUGGCCUCAGGUUGUCAAUAUUCAACUCUUCCAUGUGAAGAACGUCGCUGGAAAUCUCGAGUUUACGUCUGCUGCGCCUACGAAUGCUUGCGAUCUACCAAUUACCUCGGAUACCCGACUCUAUUCGACGUUCAAACCAUGUUGGUCAUUGCCGAUGUCAUGGCCAACAGCCUCGAUGCUGGUGUUGCCUGGUGCUUUGAGGGGUUGACUAUCCGACUCGCACAAAGCCUUGGACUACAUCUUGAUCCGCCCAUGUCCACACCAGACAACCUGCAAAGGCUCAGGAAAGAAUUAUGGUGGCGCAUCAUAUGGCAAGAAAGUUCGCUUGCCUUAGCUUUCGACAGACCUUCGACUAUCCAGAUGCAGAGGACGAGCGGUACCCCUGGACCCAGCGAACUCUCCUACAACGAUUGCAUGAAGCAAAUUUGCCAAAUCGGGCUGGAAAUUGUCCGGGAACGUUCUAACAGAGGAGCCGGCCAGUUCAUCAGUCUUGAAGAUAUAUCGCGAUAUUCGGGAGUCCUCAACGAAAUGUCCCAGGAGGCUGCAUCGUACCUCAAGGAUGCAACACUCUGUCACACCACCAAAGCUCGGCUCGAAUAUUGGAGCUUAUAUCUACACCGCUCCUACGUCAAUGCUGAGCUUUAUCGGACGCUUCUUCGAGACCGAGGCUCCAGUCCGGACGACAUGGACGCCUAUGUGCGAUGUCUGAGCGGUGCAAUAACCGGCUUCCUCCACUUACAGGUCAUUGCCCCGGCGGUCAAGCAGUCUUCAAUAUUCGUGCAGAGAGCAAUGAGCGCUGCCUUGAUGUUAUGCACCAUGGACGAUCUUGCCAGGACGAGGCCGGUCCAGUACCUGGUCCACAACUUCAUCUCGGUCAUGGAAAGCCCCUGCACGCAAUGUGCUGGGGCGCACCUGCCUACUCCUUUCUCCAAAUCCAUUGCCAAACUACACGAAAUGGCGGCGUCGCGGUGGAGUUCUGAUCGUUAA